GCUGUCCCCGCCUCCUUCCGUCCGAGUGGCGCUCUCCCGCGGCUGCGCCGGCCGGGCGGCCCCGGAGACAAAGCGCCGCCGCCGCCGCCACCGAGUGGGUCCCGGGCCAUGGCCGGGCCGCCUUUGGCCCCGCUUAUCCCGUCCCGCUGCCGCCGCCGCCUCCCUAGGUUGCUCCGCGAGUUUGCCAGUGGGUUUUCCUUGUUCUAGCCCAUUGGACCCACUCCACAGCCCAUUUGGCGGAUGAAGAAACUGAGGCUGGCGAAAGUGAAGUGACAGUCUUAAGCCGAGGGGACAGCUUGGCCCUGGAACCAGAGGGAGGCCAGGCUCCCUCUAGCUUCCUGCCUGGCCAUGGGCUGUUGAAUCAACAGCAGUGCCCAUAGCGGACUCUGAACUUCCUGGAAAACAGCAUGAGUGUGAGGAGAUAAGUAUUUGAGCACCAACUACAUGCCAGGCACUGGAAUCCAGGCAAAAAGCCCUCUGCCCUCCUAGAACAGGCAAAGACAACCCAGAUGUGGAAACAAAGGCCCAGAGAAGCUUAACGCUUGCCCGGGGUCACGCAUCCUGGACACUACAGAGCUGACAUUUGAACCCAGAGAAGAGCAAGCCGAGAUCAGACUGGGCAGAGGGCAGGGAGGCAAGCGGUGGCCUGAGAGGCCCCGGCCCCCGGCGCCAUGAAGCUGAACGAGCGCAGCCUGGCCUUCUACGCCACCUGCGACGCCCCGGUGGACAACGCGGGCUUCCUGUACAAGAAGGGCGGCCGGCACGCGGCCUACCACCGCCGCUGGUUCGUGCUGCGCGGCAACAUGCUCUUCUACUUCGAGGACGCGGCCAGCCGCGAGCCCGUGGGCGUCAUCAUCCUGGAGGGCUGCACGGUGGAGCUGGUGGAGGCCGCCGAGGAGUUCGCCUUCGCCGUGCGCUUCGCGGGCGCCCGGGCCCGCACCUACGUGCUGGCCGCCGAGAGCCAGGCCGCCAUGGAGGGCUGGGUGAAGGCGCUGUCGCGGGCCAGCUUCGACUACCUGCGGCUCGUGGUGCGCGAGCUGGAGCAGCAGCUGGCGGCCGUGCGGGCGGGGGGCUGCCCGCUGCCCCCGCGCCGGCCCCGCGCGCUCCCGCCCAAGGAGAACGGCUGUGCCGUGUGGAGCGCCGAGCCCCCCGCCGGCGCGCGGCCUGGCCCCGUGCCCCCGCCCCUGCCCCCCCGGCGGCGGGCCUCGGCGCCCAACGGGCCCCUCCACGCGGCCUCCUUCGCCCGGCUACACGAGUGGUAUGGGCAGGAGGUGAGGGCGCUGAGGAGCCAGUGGCUCAGGAGCCGGGCCCAGCCCUGAGGUCGCCGGAGCGGGGUGGGGGGCCUGUUUCUGGACGGACCCCAGACGCGGGCCGCAGCCUCACAGGCCCUGCCCCGAGAGAGACCCGGAGGCCUGGUCCCGAGGGAAAUCCGGUGGCCCCGCUCUCCGGGACUCUGCUCUGACAAGAUGCUGGGUUCUGAGGGCCGCUUUAGGGCUGGUGUGACUCCGCAGGGGCCACGCCCCCGAUUCCACCGAGGAUCCAGGGCCUGGGGGAGCCUCCUGAAGCCCGUCGGCUGGUUUCGGGGGAACUCUAGCCCCAGGCCGCGCCGGAGUCACCCGGCCAAGGCCUCUUGCUGGUAACGGGCCCCCCGCUGGGGUGACUGGGACUACAUGAGGAUCUGUGGCCUGAAAGGCGAUGCCCCCGUCAGCCUUGGGCCCGGUGGCUCCUGACUGGACCACGACGUGGACAGAGAGAGCCGUGGCUGUGCCACCCCACACCUGGGUUUGACCUCCUUUUGCUCCAGGCCGCCUGGCCGUCUCUGGCAGCAGUUGCAGAAGGCGGCGCAGGCGCAGGUUUUUUAUUGCGAGACCCGUAUGGUGAGAUUGCCUAGUCCCAAGGGCUCUUGGCUUGGAGUGGGGCCCGGGCCGGACUUUGCCCUGGGCGUCAGCCAGGCCUCGAGAAGGUACUCCUGGCGCAGUAGCUGCCCUGUGGCUUGGGCCAGGUCUGUGUCCCUGUGGCGGGUCUCACAUGCCCUCCUGACACUCCUUAAUCACAUCCUUCGUCUGCUUCUCCUGGAACUGGAGCCCGAGCCUGGGGUGGGGCCUCUCGGCUCACCUGACCUUGUCCAGUCCCGGGCUAGGCAGCCGUGGCCUGAACUGACUUUCCAGCAGGUUUCCCCAGGGAUGGGUGGCUGUGAGCUGACUCAGCACCCAGAAAAGG